GCUGUGGCAAGCAAAAGACUUGAGCAAACAAACGAUUUUACAUUUAUGUAACUUUUGUUCGAGGAAGUGGACGAACAUCCAAUGAACAGAAUGCUAAACACACAUUGGCUUGGAAACGCUGGCAACUUCUUCAUGCUGUUACUUGUUACCAGUACUAUAAGCAGCCUUUCAUCCGAGGAAAAGAGCAACAGAUGCAAUAGUAAAAGUGUGAUACCUGAAAUGGAUAUCUUCUCAAGUCCGCCAAACCGCACAUUAACAGUAGGUGCAGAUAUUAACUUGACUUGCAUAGCGUGGCCAAGGUAUGACCACCGGCUUUAUCCAAGGAGAUGGACCAAGUAUAUUCAGUGGUAUGAUCCUCAGGGCAGAUCAGUUGGAGCCAAAUGCCUGCAGGGUACAUCACAAGUCAUAAAGCUACGCUGCACAUUAAUACUCAAGAGGUUGAUUAAGGAACAGUUUGGAAACUACACUUGUGAGGCUCAGAAUGAUUAUGAGGGAUACUGCAGGCAAAAAGUUGUCGAAAUUGAGCUGCAAGCUUCCCUGGCACCAGAGAUUGUUGAGGAUCCUAAGAACCAAACAGUUGACGCUGGUUUCAACGCAACCUUUGACUGCGCCGCCAUAGGUCAUCCCAUGCCGUCUAUCACAUGGAUAAAGAACGAUGACGCACUUGCUGUACAAUCUUACAACCGGAAUAGAGUAGCUGAGAUUUUCCUCGACGACGAGCAAAUCCAUAGCCAGCUGGUAAUAAAGGGUAUAAAGAGGGAAGAUAAUGGAAAAUAUUACUGCUUUGCAAAUAACAGCGCGGGAGAAAAAGCAUCAAAGCCGGCAUUCUUGACCACAAAGGAUCUAGCUUCCCUGGCACCAGAGAUUGUUGAGGAUCCUAAGAACCAAACUGUUGACGCUGGUUUCAUCGCAACCUUUGACUGCGCCGCCAAAGGUCAUCCCAUGCCGUCUAUCACAUGGAUAAAGAACGAUGACGCACUUGCUGUACAAUCUUACAACCGGAAUAGAGUAGCUGAGAUUUUCCUCGACGACGAGCAAAUCCAUAGCCAGCUGGUAAUAAAGGGUAUAAAGAGGGAAGAUAAUGGAAAAUAUUACUGCUUCGCAAAUAACAGCGCGGGAGAAAAAGCAUCAAAGACGGCAUUCUUGUCCACAAAGGAUUUAGCUUCUUCAAAUACAGUCCCGCCAAUAAAGGAACAGCAACGUUCUGUUCCCCUGGUUACUGCACUUGGUGUGUGUGGUGGCGCAAUACUUGCAUUCAUGAGCGGAUGCAUUAUGGCGUUUUUGUAUCGACGUGCAAGAAGAAAUCAUGAGGGCAAUGAAGGUGCGGAAGAGAUCUAUGUGGCCUGCAUAGACAACAAAGAUUUGGCUGAGGUGAUACUGAAAAAUAUGAAUGCUGAUACGGAAGAAAGUGAGCUUUUAGAGGUAAAUGCUAUCACUCCGUUGUUAGUUGUUAAAAAUAACAAUGACAAUGUGCAACUAAACAAUAAAAAGCAUACGCAUGACGACUGGAGAGUUGACUCGAUACCGAGAGUAUCGUCUGAGGAAAGAAGGACUCCGACUCCACUAGAUGUCGGAGAUAAACAUUUCCUAAAUUCCAUCUCUGAUCAAAAAGGCUAUGCAGAAGAGUUGUUUAACUCACGAAAUGGUCACCAAAGUGUCGAAGAUGGCUGUGGUCACCGUGAUGUCAACAUUAUUUCGUAUCAAGACAGUGGGAUGGAUAGUGACAAAGAUAGCGACGAAAUACAAACAUCUCUCUUCACUGAGAUAGAGGAGAGCGAAAAAAGCCAAGGUACUCUCGAAGUACUCGAUGAGGUACUAGGUGAAGGAGAAUAUGGAAUCGUUUACAAAGGUCGCUAUGGUGGAAGGAAUGGUAGCAUUACUGAUGUUGCAGUAAAGAAGUUGAAAGGUAAUGCUUGCACACUUGCGAAAGCCGCGUUGCUGAAUGAGAUAAGAACGUUGAAACAGGCUGGACGACAUCCCAACAUUGUCAACCUAAUUGGAACAUGGAUUCAAGGAGAGACAAUUCUUGUCGUCACCGAAUUGGUCCAUGGUGGUAGCCUUAAAAGCUUUUUGAGGUGCAAGGGUGAGGGAGGUAGCGAAUAUGCGAAUGUGCACUGUAAGCUGAAUGACCGACAGCUGCUUAAAAUUGCUCUACAUGUGGCCUUGGGAAUGAAACAUUUAGAAGAGCAGAAGUGCAUUCACCGCGACCUUGCCGCGAGAAAUGUUUUUAUCGAUCCAAACAUGGUGGCAAAAGUCGGAGACUUUGGAUUAGCAAGGGAAAUCACAGAGGAUGGAUUAUACAUCAAGACCUCAUGCGGUAAAGUUCCAUGGAGAUGGUCGUCCUUAGAAUCUCUGCGAGAUCGAGUUUAUACAUCCAAGAGCGAUGUGUGGUCGUUUGGCAUAUUACUUUGGGAAAUGGCAACUUAUGGUGACUCACCAUACCCUGACAUUCCAACACCACUUGCCUUGGUAAGUCGGCUUUCUACGGGCUACCGGAUGUCACGUCCUCAUCAAUGCUCGGAAGAACUAUAUACGCUGAUGAGAUCUUGUUGGAACGAGAAUCCUUUGAUGAGACCUUCGUUUGCUGACAUCGUAGAUCAGCUGGAAUACUUCUUGCGAGAAGUAAAGAGGACAUAUAUUAACAUCACCGAGGAUGAAAUAAGUGGAAGAUUUGAAGUGAACUAGAGCCAAAGCAUGCUUAUACAGAAAGCUUAUGUUCAUAGCCCGAGCAAUAUUUUAGUUCACAAUGUAGGGAAAUGCGUCCUACUAUCUAAAACUAACCUCAGCUGUGUCACUUUCAGUUUGCUACACUGUAACAAUUUGAUAAGCAAAAGCACUUAGAAUCUUAGGAUUUAGUCACAAUCAUAUAAUCAUAGGAUCUUUCGUAUUGUAGAAUUUACAAACUACGUUGUGAAAGAAAGAUCUAACUCGUUUUGUUGAGAGAUACAAGGAAGCAAAUAAUACUGAUUUCGCCAAAAAGGAAUUAAGAUCUAGCCCUCUGACUUUGUGUAUAAUUGAACUUAUAACAGGGUAAUUUUUAUUAAA